AUGAAGGGCCCGGAGAGUCUUCUUCCAUCCUCGAGUAGCGCGGUCGACGUGGUUUUACUUGAUGGCGGCGGUCUAACUACAACAGACGACACGAAGAUCCACGCAGAUGGGCAUGACAGACCAUACUUUCUUCACAACUGGUGUUUUUACAUCCACCACCGAGUAUCAGGCCGCAAGGUUCUUUGGGACCUUGGUAUCAGUGAUGACCGGGAACUGUACACCCCGUUCGUGUUGAACUACCACUGGACGAGCUGCAAUCCAGUUGGACCACGCCGACGGCUUGGAGACCAGUUGCGAGACCUGGGGGUAGAACCUUCAGAGAUUGACACGGUGCUUUUUAGGCUCAGAGAGGCGGCUGAGGAGUUUGGAAUGCACAUUGCGAUGGCUCAUGAUGCCGAGUUUAUCAAGGACGGCAAAGACGGGGUAGACCUUGUGACGAGACACAAACGGCUGAUCCACACACACAAAAGCAAGCGGGAGUAA